CCAUAACCGGAAGUGCACUUGUUCUAGUUUGGAGUGCUUGUAGCUGGCGCAAAAAAGGGGAGCAGGAUGUAGCGGCACAAGUAUCGGGCUCGCUUCACAUCAGUCCGGCCAUCAGAACUCCCUCUCGCUCUUUAUGUCGACGCGGUGAGUCAGGUCUGGGGGAUGGGUGUAGUAAGGGCUGGUUGCAGAGACGACUAACGGUUGAAAAAUGUCCAACAUCCUCGAUGCGGCGUCUAAAGUGAGAUGGGACCGCACGGCAGCGGCGAAGCGAGCCGUGUUUCUUGCGGCUGCUGCAUACGGUGUCAGAACGCUGUACCCCAUCAUCUGCAAGCAGCUCUGCAAAAACAAAGGUCCUGGGAGCAAUCACCGGGCUUCAAAAGCGGAGAACGGCUCCACUUGCUCGGGAAAGACUCAAACGGAUGCUGUGAUUGAUAGGAAACCAUCCCCGGGGGUAAAUGCUGAGUUUUUCAAGCAGAUCCUGGAACUUGGUAAAAUCCUCUUUCCCAAGCUCGUUUCCAGAGAGCUCGCUUUGCUCUCUUUGCACUCGGUGGCGCUGAUAUCUCGGACGUUUCUCUCUAUUUAUGUUGCCAGCUUGGACGGCAAGAUAGUCAAAACGAUCGUGGAGAAAAAACCCAAACGCUUCAUCAUCCAGCUGAUCAAAUGGCUCCUCAUUGCAAUCCCGGCCACGUUCGUCAACAGCGCCAUCCGGUACCUGGAGUGCAAACUGGCUCUGGCCUUCCGCACCCGGCUAGUGAACCAUGCCUAUCGGACCUACUUCACCGAUCAGACCUAUUACAAAGUCAGCAACAUGGACGGGAGGCUCGCCAACCCGGACCAGUCUCUCACGGAGGACGUGAUGAUGUUCUCCCAGUCCGUGGCCCAUCUCUAUUCUAACCUCACCAAGCCUAUACUGGAUGUGAUGCUGACCUCCUACACGUUGAUUCAGACCGCCAGGUCCAGGGGGGCCAACGCCUCCGGUCCGACCCUGCUGGCAGGGCUCGUGGUGUUCGCCACGGCUAAAGUCCUGCGUGCAUGCUCGCCCAAAUUUGGCAAGCUGGUGGCCGAAGAGGCUCACAGGAAGGGCUACCUGCGCUAUGUGCACUCUAGGAUCAUUGCUAAUGCUGAGGAAAUAGCUUUCUACAGAGGACACAAGGUGGAGAUGUGUCAGCUGCAGAAGUGCUACCGGGCUCUGGCGGACCAGAUGAACCUGAUCCUGUCCAAACGGCUCUGGUACAUCAUGAUCGAGCAGUUCCUCAUGAAGUACGUGUGGAGCGGCGCCGGGCUCGUCAUGGUGGCCGUGCCCAUCAUCACAGCCACCGGCUUCGCUGACAGCGAAACAGCUGACGGUCAGACCCAGGUGAUGGUGAGCGAGAGAACGGAGGCGUUCACCACCGCACGUAACCUCUUGGCCUCAGGAGCUGAUGCCAUCGAGAGGAUCAUGUCCUCCUACAAAGAGGUCACGGAGCUGGCAGGCUACACUGCGAGGGUCCACAACAUGUUUGUCGUAUUCGAGGACGUCCAGAAGGGCAUUUACAAGCGCUCUUCUGUGUCAGCCACAACGACGACGGAGAAGAAGAGCAAGCCUGAGAUGCACAUAGACGGACCGCUGGAAAUACAGGGCGAAGUGAUUGAUGUGGACAAGGGCAUCGUGUGUGAGAACGUCCCGAUCAUCACACCAAACGGAGACGUUGUAGUAUCUUGCCUAAACUUCAAGGUGGAAGAGAGCAUGCACCUACUGAUCACAGGGCCUAAUGGUUGUGGAAAAAGCUCUCUGUUCAGGAUCCUCGGCGGCUUGUGGCCUGUCUACGGCGGCCGGCUACACAAACCCUCCCCUCAGCAUAUGUUCUACAUCCCUCAGAGGCCGUACAUGUCAAUAGGUUCACUGCGGGACCAGGUGAUCUACCCAGACUCGGUGGAGGACAUGGCUGCCAGAGGGAUGAAUGACAAGGACCUAGAGGUCAUCUUAGCCAUAGUCAACCUCAAUCACAUUGUCAACAGAGAGGGAGGCUGGGAUGCUGAGCUGGACUGGAAGGAUGUGCUGUCAGGAGGUGAGAAGCAGAGGAUGGGUAUGGCCCGCAUGUUCUACCACAGGCCUAAAUACGCCCUGUUGGAUGAGUGCACCAGCGCUGUGAGCAUUGACGUGGAAGGAAAGAUUUUCCAGGCCGCCAAAGAUGCCGGCAUCUCCCUGCUCUCCAUCACACACAGACCCUCCCUGUGGAAGUACCACACCCACCUGCUGCAGUUUGACGGGGAAGGAGGCUGGCGCUUUGAGCAGCUGGACACGGCAACGCGCCUCUCCCUCACCGAGGAGAAGCAGCGGCUGGAGGCCCAGCUGGCCGGCAUUCCCGAGAUGCAGAGUCGCCUCAACGAGCUCUGCAAGAUCCUCGGAGACGACUCUGUCCUAAAAACAGCUGAGGAGUGAGGGGGGAGGUGUGAGAAGAGGCCCGAGGGGGUAAAGGAGGAUUGAGACGAGGAGAAAAGAAGAAGCUGGGGGUGGUGGAGGAGGUGCGAGGCAAUGAAAAGGCAAAGAAAUCAGUUUGUUAGUACAAUUUUAUUUUCCUUUUUUUUCUUUCGCCCUGAGCCUCUCGGUAAAGCAGGUGAGCUCUCUGAGCUCUCCCUUCUCUCCCCUCUCCGUCUUUUCACCCUCUCCUUUGCCCUGCUCCAGUCUGAGAGGCGGGGGAGAGUGAAGUGCAUUCGCAAGUAUUCCUGCUGCUUGUAAUGCACACUGUUUGCUUCCACUGCUCAAAGUGGCGUGACUGAUACACCCAAAUUAACCAAGACGAUGAAUUUGUUUGUUUUGUAGCACUUUACUCUGCUUUCAGAGGUGUGCGUGUCACGGUAGCUCUGGGAGCUGCUAUUUAGCUGGAAAACCUUUUAAAGGUUAGAGCCACUUUGAUGUCCAAAGCAGUAUUCCAGUUUUA